AGAAUCAUGCCAGAAUCGACAUCAAUAUAUUAAUUUUCAAUGUUAAUUUUGUAAACAAUUUUAUUGGUAUAUUCAUGAAUUUAUUACAAUUGGAUAUUAUAAAGUGACGUCCUUAUAAUGCCUAUUUGACGGUCGCCAUUUUGGUUUCCCACUGUGACCAGGUACAUAGGUUGUCAACGUUAUUCUUGUAUUUACAGUGUUUGUGCCAAAAGUGUUUUAAUUCAGGACUUUAAAGUACAUUUCAUAUUGAAAGAAAGUCCAAGGAACAUGCCUAAUUGCAGUGUUGUAGGUCAAAUUCGACCAAACACGUUACACCGUUACGUAUUAUUAUUAUGCGAAUAUACCAAACAAUACAAUAAAUGCUUAAAUUUUGUUUUAUAAAGCAUUUCUUGUAUUGUUUGGUACUUCAUGUCCAAACUUCAUGCUCAUUAUUAUUUGCCGGCAUCUUCAUCGAAAUACGUGCGCUCCGUGUGACAGCUACCAACCGACUGAUCGAGAUAAUCGAGAAAUUGCCCUGAUCGCGCUACACACGCGACAACGUGCAGGGCGGGACAAUCUAGUAACCAAGGGUGGUCUCGCGCUACUGCCGCCCUGCCGCAGGCCCGAUUCAUGAAAUGGGGCAAUUUGCAACUUGCCUACACACAUCACAGUUCAGGAGGCAAUUAAGGGUCAUCCCCACUCUUACACCCUAGAUUGUCCCUGCGGUAGGCAUGUCAGUAGGCGCUUUUAGAAUGUGUUACACCUACAUUAAUAAUAAUGGAGAUUAGUCACCAUGGGAAUUGUACCCUUUGCCUUUUCCUGAAAGGGAGAACGUUAAAAAAAAUGAGUGACAGUGGUCAGCUGUGUGUGUGUGUUUGGUGCUGUGCUGUGUGCUGUGUGUCAGUUUCCAUCACAUGCAAGAGAUUUUAGGUUAAAUUUUAUUAAUUAACAUGUUUAAAAAAUAGGUACUAUAAAUAUUUUCUUCCAAGUAAUAAAGUGGGUUCUGCCUCAUAUUUAUGUUAUUAACUUAUGCUGGACAAUGGAUUUUGCAAGAAGGCAACUCGAAAAAUAUGGCUGGUCUGACGGAAAAGGUUUAGGCAAGAACGAAAAUGGGAUAUCUGAAGCACUGAAGCCCAAAUUAAAACGAAGUGUGGCAGGUAUUGGGCAUGAUGCAGCAGCUGACUUUACAGAACAUUGGUGGUCACAAUUAUAUGACAAGGCUGCUAAGAAUGUGGAGGUGGAAGAAAAGAAUGGAAAAACUAAAAGAAUCAGAACAAAAGAUGCAGGGGAAUUUGAAAUCACAAAUAGUACAUGGAAAAUUAAACGGAAACACAAUAAAAAUGAGCCCAUGGGGCAGUAUUCUGAGCAUUUUGUUAAAAAAGCAAUUUUAGAUAAAGGUGGUGUUAAAAUGGAGAAUAUAUCUGAUGCAGAAGAAGAAGAAGAGGUGGUUAAGAAAGAUGUGUUUAAAAUGACUGAUGAAGAGUUGUUUGCGGCAUGUGAAGGAAGGACUGCUCAUAAGGGUGCCCGUCAUGGGUUGAAAGCUACAGGAAAAUUAGCAAGAAUAGCUCAACAGGAGCAACUGUUGUUGAGUCAACCAAAGUUUAAUGGUUAUUCACAUUCCAAAAACCUUGUUAAAGAAAAAGUAUCUGUUAAUGACCUACAAGUAGUUGAAGAUAUCAGCCUUAACAGUGAUGUAGAUGUUACUGUCACAAAGAAGAAGAAAAAGAAGAGAAAACGUUGCAGUAGUCUAAAUAAUAAUUGUCAAAUAAAUAUUGAUCAGCCUAAAUCCGAAACACUUUUGCAUGAAGAUGAUAAGAAAGAAAUAAAUGAGUCUGAAAAUGUCCAUGAAAGUAAUGGUGCAAAGAAAUCAAAGAAAAAGCUGGACGAAAUAAAAGAUGGAGUACUGAUUGGUGAAGACAAAUAUGGCAACAAAUAUUUCGAAAAUCCUCGCUUUUUCUAUGGAAGAAACCGUUGGGUUGAGUAUGCCGAUAAAUACCAUAUGAACUACGAUGCUAGUCAAGUUCCCGCUGAAUGGUAUGGAUGGCUGCACUACAAAACUGACCUUCCACCGCACCAGGAUCCCAGCCGCCCAAAGUAUAAAUGGAUGAUGGAUGCUACUGAGAACCUUUCGGGGACGACUGGCCAAUACACUCCUUACAGCACCACCAGACCGAAGAUCGAACCUUGGGUCCCAAAGAAAGCUGGACAGUGAAUACACAUACGACAUAGAUAUAAGUAGAGAAUGAAAUAAAAUUAUUUAUCAAUUAGAAUA